AUGAGAAAACUUCCCUAUACAUUAACCAAUCUCACACGCACAUUUACACGGGCCUAUACAGCCCUACCGAAUAUCCCGAUUCCAAAAAAGAAGCCAACAAAACCGGCUUUGAAGGCAUUGCGGCGUACAAACCAAAGAGACUCAAGAAGCACCGAGUCUGUUCUUUCAUCUCUUUUAUCAAAGCAGCAGAAUAAGGAAGUUGGGCCAGCGGAAUUGCAACAUUACCUUAAACCGGUAACUGCAAUCACAAUUGGCGACGGAAUCGACCUCAAGCAUGUUCUGCAAGAACUAAUAAGAUAUGGAGUCAACUAUGAAGUGUUGUUGGAAGAUGAGGUGAUUGCCUUUACUACCGGGAAAUCAACGCACGCUGUCAAUGGUCAGGUUAUGAUAUUGGCGAAUGGAACUGUGGUGGGAUGGGGUCUAACCGAAUCUAAGAUGCUUAAGAAAUUGGUACCGCCGCUCAUUCCAGCCACCCUUGAGCCUUGUAAUUGUGAAAGUGAAGAAAUGGAUUACGUAGAAGUUGGUUCCGAUGAGGCAAUUGACUCCAGCCCUCAAUCGUUCAUGCAAGGAGAUGUUCUAGUCAUUCCAGAAAAGAACCCUCGUGAAAGACAGCUCGAUAUGGCAGCUUUCGCAAUUGGGUUUUCUCGCUCCACCCGAUUGUCGAUUCUCGAAGAGAGCUUGGAGAAGAUUAUCCAGCACACCAGAGAAAACAGUGAGAUUCUCAAUGAAGGCUUCCGCAUCACUCUGAACGAACUGGACAUUUUGAGAGUGACAGGUCGCUUGUUCAAGCUCCGGGCUAAACUCAAUCUCUAUUCGGAGCUUAUCGAGACGCCUGACCUUUACUGGUCAGAGCCUACGUUGGAGAAGAUCUACGAAGCUAUCAGUCAUCGCCUAGAUAUUCCCCUGCGGAUCUCUAUCAUGAACCGUAAACUUGACUACGUAACAGAGGAACAACGCGCUCUCCUCAGUUUCCUCAACGAGAAGAAGAGCACGAGGCUCGAAUGGAUUAUUAUUCUUCUUAUCAUGGUGGAGGUGCUUUUCGAGAUUGUUCCUUUUGUAGGUAAGUACUUACAGAGCCCUAAACAAGUCGACGACGGGAAAAAAGCUCAGUAA